AUGCGCUUUUUUUUUGUGCUUUUGUUAAUUACAGUGAGAUUGAAUGUGUGUGUGGAUUGAUUUCUGUGAUUGUUUUCGUUGGUUAGCUUCCGAAGUCGUCUUUCGUAAGAAAAUUAAGAAGAAAAAAAAAAUUAUUACUAACUUUUCACCUUUUGUUGCCAAUAAAUACCGGUAGAUGUAGAGUUUUGCUAAUAAUCCACAAUAAUUUAGGCAAUCCCUAGGCAUCUUCCGUCAAUUAGAACUUGUGGGAAAGUUUGAAAAUGUAAACGAAAAUGUUAGCUUGUCAAUUGAGACCUUUAGUUCGUGCAAUGGAUUUGAAUCACUGACCUUCGGUUCGUGAAUGAAUUUGAAUCACUGUUCCUGCUGUAAGGAUAUAUUCUGAAUGUCCACAUCCUCCGCCCUUUCGCACCAACAAACAACAAAAAAAGUGAGAAUGGAAAGUUUAAUUAUGGAUAUGCAAGCUCUCCGGGAAAAAGAGCUUCAAUGGAGGAUUUCUAUGAGGCAAGAAUUGAUGGUGUUGAUGGGGAGCUUGUCGGUCUGUUUGGAGUUUUUGAUGGUCACGGUGGUGCUCGAGCAGCAGAAUAUGUUAAACAGAACCUAUUCAGCAAUUUAAUCAGGCAUCCAAAGUUCAUUAGUGAUACCAAGUUGGCUAUAGCCGAAGCAUACAAUCUUACAGACACUGAAUUUCUGAACACUGAGAAUAGUCAGAAUAGAGAUGCUGGCUCAACUGCUUCAACUGCUAUUCUAGUUGGCGACCGUCUGCUAGUUGCUAAUGUUGGGGACUCUAGGGUCGUAAUUUGUAGAGCAGGAAAAGCCAUUGCAGUUUCACGGGAUCACAAGCCCGACCAAACAGAUGAGAGACAGCGGAUUGAAGAUGCUGGAGGUUUUGUGAUGUGGGCUGGAACAUGGCGUGUAGGUGGUGUUCUUGCUGUUUCCCGUGCAUUUGGUGAUAGGCUGUUGAAGCAAUAUGUUGUUGCUGAUCCAGAAAUUCAGGAAGAAAAGAUUGAUGGCUCUCUCGAGUUUCUGAUCCUUGCAAGCGAUGGACUGUGGGACGUUGUCUCAAACGAGGAAGCUGUUGCUAUGAUCAAGAGCAUCGAGGAUCCCGAGCAGGCUGCAAAGAGACUCCUGCAGGAAGCUUAUCAAAGAGGAAGUGCUGACAAUAUAACUUGCGUCGUCGUCCGUAUCUUAUCUGGCCAGGGUAACAAAUCGAAGUAGAUAAAUAUGUUAAUGUAGUUUGUUCUCUGUAUCUACAGUUAACAUUUCACCGCCAAAUAACGAAAGCUGCUCCUGCAUUCUAGGAGGCAUGGAUUAUUAGUGUUCAUUCAUGGGCUUUUAUGUUCAUCCUUUUUUUUUUUUCUUUUUUCCACUGUUAGAAGAAAAUAGCACUUGAUAGAGUGCACUAUCAAGUGUUAGCUGACCUACUAUGUCAUGCAUAGAAAUGUAAUGACUACUAGUUGUUCUUGUUGUAGAUGCUUGAAUGUUUUCGUAAAUCUACCGUGUCGUUGUAA